GUUCAGGCACAUAGACCAAAUCACAUUUCAAGUUCUCUCUUUUCUCUCGUUCCACAGCUCUGUGUGUGUGUGUGUCUCCUAGUAAUUCAUUUGAAUCGUUCGGAAACCAUCAUUUCGUGAAAGAUCAAAAUUUUCCCCUUGACGAUUAAAGGUUAUGGCUACUGCCAACUUGAUUCAACAUCCGAAGGCCAAUCUGGGCAUCCCAUCAACGCCGUAUUCAUCGUCAUCGUCUGCGUCUCUAAAGAAGAAAAAAUGGUCGAAUUUUCUCCCCAUUUUGGUGGUUCUUGUGGUGAUAGCGGAGAUUACGUUUCUGGGCCAUCUCGAUGUGGUGGAGAAUGUCGACAUGGUCAACUCGUGGGCCGACUCUUUCUACCACUCCAACCCGGCCCCGGAGCUUGUCGACAGCUGUGAAGCAUGGUUGGAGAAGGAGGACUCCGUGCCUUAUUCUAGGGAUUUCGAUAAAGACCCAAUUUUGGUUAAUGGGGCUGAACAGGGAAUUAUGACCUGUGGCAUUGGAUGUAAGUUUGGGGAUGAAUCGAGUAAGAAACCUGAUGCUGGAUUUGGAACUCCUCAGUCAUCUGGCACUGCUGCCGUGCUUAGGUCAAUGGAAGCCGCCACAUAUUAUCCUGAAAAUAAUAUUGGCAAGGCACGACGUCGGGGAUAUGACAUUGUUAUGACAACCAGUCUUUCCUCGGAUGUGCCCGUGGGAUACUUUUCGUGGGCUGAAUACGAUAUAAUGGCUCCAGUUCAACCAAAAAUUGCAAGUGCUGUUGCUGCUGCUUUCAUUUCUAACUGUGGUGCUUUGAACUUCCGGCUGCAAGCAUUGAUCGGACUUGAGAAAGAAAACGUCAACAUUGAUUCUUAUGGAGCUUGCCGUCGAAAUCGAGAUGGAAAAGUUGAUAAAGUGGAAGCGCUGAAGCAUUAUAAGUUUAGCUUGGCUUUUGAGAACUCGAACGAGGAGGAUUAUGUUACUGAAAAGUUCUUCCAAUCUCUUGUUGCAGGCGCAAUCCCUGUGGUGAUUGGCGCCCCUAAUAUCCAACAUUUCUCCCCUGGUCCUGGUUCAUUGCUGCAUAUCAAGGAGCUCACAGAUGUUGAUUCCGUUGCCAAGAGAAUGAAAUACCUCGCUGGCAAUGAGAGCGCAUUUAAUGAAUCAUUGAGGUGGAAAUAUGACGGACCAUCCGAUUCCUUCAAGGCCCUUGUUGAUAUGGCUGCAGUACACUCAGCAUGCCGUCUAUGCAUUUUCCUGGCAACCAAAAUCCAAGAAAAAGAAGAAAACCGUCCAGAAUUUCAAAACCGUCCCUGCAAGUGUACCCGUGGCUCAAGAACUACAUACCACAUAUACGUCAGGGAAAGAGGGAGGUUUCAUACGGAAUCCAUUUUCCUAAGGUCAGACAAAUUGACUAUCGAAGCCCUAUCCUCUGCUGUUGUGCAAAAGUUUAGAUUGCUUAAACACGUUCCUAUCUGGAAAAGUGAGAGGCCAGAGAGCAUAAGAGGUGGGAAUGAGCUUAAACUCUACAAGAUUUACCCCGUCGGGCUGACAGCGAGGCAAGGAUUGUACACCUUCAAACUCAACCACAGUUCGGAUCUGAGGAAGCACAUAGAGAGCCAUCCGUGCGCCAAGUUUGAGGUGAUAUUCGUAUAGGUUGUGACACGGAGCAUCCAGAAAAGCAAUCUUAGGUAGGGCAACUCUCUUCUCCUCUCUCCCCGCCCUUGAACUUUUGUAGGAUGGCUGACUCUAGGGUUUAUUGCUCCACUUUUCGUUCCCGGCGGUCGUCGUGUUCGUUUUCGAGUUUAGAGGGGGCGAAUGAUGGGGAUUAUACAUGAUGUUUGAACCUUGAAAUUAGGUCUUGAUAAAUUGUGUAUAUAUACUCCCUCCGUCCUAUAGUAGAUGUCACACUUGGGAGAUGACACGGGAUUUUAGGAGAUGUUAUUUUAUGUGUUAAGUAGCGAGAGAAAAUAUAAUUUUAUAACUGAUGUGUGAGAGAACUUUUUCUAAAAGAGGAAAUGUGACAUCUUUUGUGGGACAAAUUAAAAAAGAAAGUGUGAUAUCUACUAUGGGACAUGUGGAGUACUAUUUUUUGUCUUCACUAUAGAAAAAUGAUUGAAUUUGGGGAAACUAAGAUGGUGUUUUGACAUGUUUUGGCGUGUUGAUGGUUAAAUCAUGGCUAGAUCCUAAACAUUGCUAACGAAAUUGAAAAGGAAAAUGAUUGAAAUA